AAAAUUGAUAAAAAUAGUCAAUUAUAAAGUGUGGAAUACUUUCAUCACAAUUAACUUUUAAAUCAUUACUAAUUACGGAAAUAGCCUAAUAUUACAAGUGUCUAUUAAAAUUAGUGAUUUAUGAUACCAUAUGUUUUCAGUGUUAUUUCGUAGUAAAGAAUAAAAAAAUAUAUUGGUUUAAUUUUCUUUUUACCUUUUGAACAAUGUAUUAACAAUUUAACUUUUCACCCGUUUUUGUACGAAAUUAGAAAUUAAUCAAAGUCAGAGAUAAAUAUUAUCUUCUAUUCCACCCCCGCAGAUAAUUCUGAACGGUUGUUUUAAUCUUACCAGUCCACUGUCAGAAUAAACAUUUUCUGUUGUAAUUAUGUCAUUUAAAACGCAAUUUAUAAAAUGCAUGUUAUGCGUUGUUUUAUAUAUCGCAGUUUGUUCUUUGUUAUUAAGAAUAAGACAAAGUUUUUAUUUACCGCGCCGGCAUUCAGUGUUCUUUAUAAAAACUAACGACACGAAUCAUAAAUGUUCGAUAAUAUCUGAAAUGAUUACAAAUCCAAUUAAUUUAGAAAUCAAAUUUUUAGAACACGAUGCAAUGAAAGGAGAAUCUAUUAACUUACAGGAAAGUACAAAUGCACUUCAACAGAUUUCAAAUGUAUGUGUGAAAUAUAAUUUGAAAACUCCAUUAAUAAGGAGACAUUUUUUAUACAAUUCACAGCACAAAUCAAUGUACUGUUGGAUUCGGAAAGUAGCAUCAACAAGUUUUACGAAAUUAUUUGCAGAUAUGAAAAAUCGUCCACCUACACGGAAGUAUUAUAGAGAAGUUGAUAUUUUAGCACCACGAUCGUUGAAAGAACUGCAAUUAAUUUCAAACGAUACAAAAGUAUUUAAACUUUUAAUAGUGAGACAUCCCUUUCAAAGACUUGUAUCGUCAUACAGAGAUCGUAUAGAAGACAAUACUAAGUAUACCGCCCAAGCUUGGAUCUAUGUUAAGAAAAUAUUUCACGUUACGAGACCCGAGUUAUUUCAUUCGAAUAAAACUCACGGUUUUCAGCAAAAAGUAUUUACACCUGACAGAAGAUUAAAGAUAAUACCAACUUUUAAAGAAUUUUUGGAAUGGCUUUUACAAAGUAAUGAAGAAGAUGAUGUUCAUUGGAAUCGGUAUUACACACAUUGUGCCCUAUGUAACGUACGAUAUAAUUAUGUUUUAAAGCUAGACGAUUAUACGUAUGGUCAAAUUAAUUAUAUUUUUUCUAAAUUUGGUGUGGAUAAAAGUAAAGUAUAUUUACCUAAAUUGGAGGAAACACGAGGAGGUCACAGUGAUUCUGAUACAACGUGUAAAUAUUUUAGAAACUUAACGAAAGAUAUCAUUUUAAAAUUGUAUGAAAGAUACAAAAUUGACUUUGAAAUGUAUAAUUAUGAUUUCAAUCGGUAUCUUAAUUGUAUAAAUAAGAAGAUUUAAAAGUUUCUGUUAAGAAAAAGUAUUUAAUUUUUUUUUAUAUAAAAAUGUAUUUCACCGCUACAUUCUAUAAAAUGACAUACUACAAACUAUGCAUUUUCUUAAAUAUCUGCAGAAAUUAAAAUACAUUUUAUUCAAAUUAUAAUUUCAAUAACAUUACUGACACGUACACAUCCACUCUCAUAGUAUGCCAUCACUCGUAUUAUAAACUUAAUUGUGUUAUUUACUUAUUUAUGAAUUGCAUUUAAAAAAUGAUACCAAUGCUUUAAUCGAAAACUGAAUCGCACAACAUAACUGCUGGAACUAGUACGUCUGCACAAUUCUAUAUCAACAAAUGAUUUUAUACAAAAUUGAUUAAUAAACUUAAGAAUUUUGUGUCCUCAA